AUCGAAUCCUAUAAUGCGACUAUGGCGUCAGAUUCGACUGACAGUGACAAGAAUAAAUUUCUUAUUUGUCAUCAACUUCUAUCCAAAUGGCAAAAUGAGCUAGAAUACUACCUUUAUUAUUUCUGCAAGAUUACUGCACCACAACUCCUGGAUGAAAGUGGCUGGUGUUGUGUCGAGGCUGCCGAGCUUACCAGACUCACAGAAAAGAUAACUGAACAUUUUUGUUUUCACCAUAAACGUACUUUCAGCAGCCAUGGAAUCUCUGAACAAGAGCGAGAAUCGUUCUGUGUUCGGUUGCAAGAAGUCCGUCAAAUUCGAAACCUCGCCGUACACCGAGUUACAUUACAUACGAGCACAAUCCAAAGGUAUGCGAGGAUUGUUCAGGGAAUCCUGGGACCUCUGAAGAGGAUAGGAGGCGGUGAAUUUUCAAAAUCAUGCAACGAUCGUAUGAACCGAUUCAUUGAAACUCUUUGGGACACCGAGAACAAUAAAUCGAGAGAUAUUGAACUGUCCACAAUUGUAGAAACAAAUGCAAUUCGAGGCAUUGAGAGCCUGUCAAGAAGCGAACAGAAAAGGCUCAAUAUCGAACGAGCCAUUGAAGAGCAAAAGCUUGCAGCACAAAGACAAGCCGUCAAUACUUCACGAAUGGCCGAAGAUUUCCAAAUUUCGAAAAGGAUAAAAAUCAUGCGCAUCCGUCAAAUUCAACAAGACAAAGAGAAUUCUGAGGUACGUAAAAAAGAACGGUUUGAUAAGGAUAGGAAACAACAGGAGGACGCAAACCUUAGAAGAGCCGAGCGAGCCGAAAAGGUUAGGAAACAACAGGAGGAUGCAAACCUUAGAAGAGCCGAGCGAGCUGAAAAGGUUAGGAAACAACAGGAGGAUGCAAACCUCAGAAGAGCCGAGCGAGCCGAAAAGGCUAGGAAACAACAAGAGAGCGCAGAGCUGAGAAAAGUUCAGAUAGCUGAAAAGCUCAAAAAAGCAGAGGCGACUAUGGGGUCGCAUGGAUAAGGAAAAUAGCAGCCACUGAGGACCCUAACCAUAACGUUUCGCGACUGCUUGAGGCAAUGUUAUUAUUCGAAGGAACAAAAGCCCUCCUCGAGGCAGUAGAUACCGCUAAGGAGCCUAUUGUUUCGUAUGUCGACUGUACAGUCAUUCUUGAAAUCGGUUUGACCCACAAACAAAUGAUGAUUGGGCCUCAAGUUUGCUGGCAUACUGGCUUGAUGCGGUAUUCAGUAAUCGUCCCGUAGUGGAAUGUAUACGGUUACGGUCAGACUUGCAUCAACAGAAUUUGAGCAUCUAUUUUUGGGUGAUAUAGGCUUA